AUGUCGUUCAGGUCAAAGGUGCGCGAGUAUCCAGGGCGGCUGUCGUUGCUUUCUAGCCAGAAACCCAAUGGACAGCCCCGCCCAAGCACCGCACCAGCUUCCAAUUCUGGUAACGAAGUGCGCUACAGGAAGGACCAAGUGGACCGGAGCGACGAGAUUUAUGGUCCGGCACAGGUACAUACACACGCGAGAGCAACGGAACAGGAAAAGAUUCAGGCACAGGCACAACCCAAGCGGGACUCGCAUCACAGUGAAGCGGGAACUGCUUCGCACCCCUCUCCCGCACCGUCCAUCGUACCUACCAUUGUUGUCGGUCACCAUGACCAUGAGCCACGCAACCGUAGCCGCUUCACCUCGAGACGAACGCACGAACAUCCGCGAGUGCGCUCAUCGCGGUCAAUGYCGCCCGCUCAAAUGCAGCGCGUAAGCAGCUUCAAGGGCAUCCGCAUGCCAACGGCCUCGGCCAGCAUGGACGAUCUGGACCUGGGCGAUUUGGCCGGCGACAAAGUCGAGUUCUCGAAGCGCGGGAGCCUGUUGUUUGGCGGGAGAAAGAUGCAGGACUUGAUCGCUGCGCAAGGAGAGGGUACGCCGCGGACGAGGUCGCCAGCACCUUCGAACAGUCCGGUGAAGUCAAUACAGGAGGUGGAUGAGGAAGCAGAAACGGCCCCGACGGUGACACACCUUGCGGAGCCGCAGAAGCAAGGUCUCGUGUCGGGGAGGAGGACUCCUAGCAUGCAAGUGCCAAGGGGCAUCCACGUCGGCCGCGUGCUCUCCGCGGAAGAGGUGACCUUUUCCCUCAGGGUCAGAAGCCAGUAUGAACACGGCGAUGAGCGCGCCUCGCAAUGGUUUGACUCCAUCGGCACAAGCACRACAGGCAAAGACAGCAUAAGAAGCACACCGACGCCGGACACCCCUUCAAUUGGAGACUUGACCGUGUUGAAGAGCAGGCCACAAGACAGCGACCAGUGGCCAUUGCAAGACGCCCGAUCGAGUUACAUCUCCGUCUCAAAGUACGCGAGGGAAGUGCACGAGCUAGCCGGCGGCAUUGAAGACUGGGAGGACGUGGACGGUCGCGCMGUCGAUCGGUAUGGCUUCAUUCGGCACAACCCUAGUGUCYCUCGCUUCUCGUCGGGCUCUUCGCAGCACGAAGAUAUACGCCCUCACGAUGUGGGUAUGCAACGCGUUGCCACAUCCMUCCGCCUCGAGUCGCAGCAUCCGCGAGGGUUUAGUCGCAGGCUGAAGCGAAAACCAAGCAUACAAUCAUCGAGAUCGAUGCCUCCACGUCCAAGUGGUGAUUGGACAUUCAAAAAGGGACCAGUGUCGAUCCACAGCGCGCACGCAGUAUCUUCAAGAUCCAAUUUGCUCCGCACGAGAGAGCAGAGACUCCUUGCAAAAGCUUCYGAUAUGCUGACUCUCCCGCCCGGCCUCGCGGACAUUCGUGAGCACGAUGAUGCUGGCAAGACUGCUUCCGCUUUCAAGAAGCGGGAGUGGUCGCGCGAGGAGAAAUGGCAAGCAAUGGCAAAUCCCGUGCGACGACCGCACCAGGUCAAAGGCGGCGGUAUGGCGUUCGAGUUCGACACCAGCGACCCCAAAUUGAUUAAUCGGACAUGGAAAGGGAUUCCAGAUCGUUGGCGCGCAACUGCAUGGCAUAGCUUUUUGUCAACGAGUGCCAAGAAGAGAAAUAUCCUGGUCACAGACGAGGAUCUCAUAGAGCAAUUUCACAGACUGCAGGACAUGAGCUCUGCGGACGAUGUACAGAUUGAUGUCGAUGUGCCAAGGACUGUCAACCUGCACAUAAUGUUUCGACGCAGGUAUCGAGGCGGCCAGCGACUCCUGUUCCGCUUAUUGCAUGCUGUUAGUCUGUAUUUUCCGGACAUUGGCUAUGUGCAAGGAAUGGCCAGCAUCGCAGYCACCUUGCUAUGCUACUACGAUGAGGAGAACGCUUUCGUUAUGAUGGUCCGUAUGUGGCAACUUCGAGGCAUCGAGGAAAUGUACCAGCACGGCUUUGAAGGUUUGAUGACUGCUCUCCGCGAGCUGGAGCACGACUGGGUGAGCGCCGAUGUUGCAGCGCAUCUGGAGGACCUUGGGGUCACGUCUACUUCAUACGGUACACGAUGGUACCUUACGCUUUUCAACAUGAGCGUUCCCUUUCCAGCUCAGCUGCGCAUAUGGGACGUCUUCAUGCUUCUCGGCGAUGCACGCGGAAAAGACACUGGAGCAUUUGCAGGCGCUGAGUUGGAUGUGCUGCACGCUACCAGCGCAGCGCUGAUCGAUGCCACUCGCGAGAUCAUACUGGACAGCGACUUUGAGAACGCGAUGAAGGUUUUGACGUCUUUCGUCCCUAUCAAAGACGAAGACUUGCUUAUGAACGUCGCCAAGAUGGAGUGGAGGCAGAGAAAGAAGAGAGCCGGAGUUCGGGUAUAG